ACAAACACGUGUUAGUGUUUUCGGUUGUUUUCCUAUUGUCGUAACAAUAAUAUUAAUUUCUAAAUGAAUUAAAAGGUUUUUUUAAGGUCUUAGAAUUUAGAAAUUAAAAAAGCGGAGAAUUUAUAAGAAACUCAAAAUGAAGAAUCUAACACUUUAUAAUCAAGAAAUACGUGAAAUUUCCAAACGUGGACUUUCUACAGACGUCAAUCAUUAUUGCCUCGAUCCAGAUAAUGAUGAUUUUUAUAUUGAAACAGAGAAUAAUUUUUAUCAAAUACCUUCUGAUAGUGAAAAAACAGAACAUGCGGUAAAUAGCGAUCAUUGUUGUCAAAUAAUCGGAAUGUUCACAUUUUUGAACAGAAUUUAUUAUGCAUCCGACAAUGGAAAUCUGUUUUGUUUUGAUAUUCUUGAUCCAGAAAAUUUCAUCUUUUACGAAGAAUUAAAUGUCGAUUUACAUUGUAUGAGUAUUAGUCCUGAUAUGGAUAUUAUUGUCGUUGUUACUAAAACAGGACAGAUCGUUACACUUGAUUUAUCCUUAGAAGUUUUGUCGAAGGUUGAUUUAUUUUCAUCGGAUUUUGGCGAAAAACAAUUCGUGACUGUUGGUUGGGGGAAAAAGGAGACACAGUUUCAUGGAACAGAGGGCAAAGCAGCGGCAAAAAUAAAGCAGACUGUCUUUAGAAAAACAGAAACCGAUGAUGGAAAACCAAGAGUCACUUGGAAUGGUGAUGGUGCAAUGUUUGCUGUUAGUUUUAUAAACAAUGAAUCGGAAGCUCGACAAUUUAAAGUUUACAAUCGUGAAAAUGUUUUACAAUACACGAGUGAAUUAUUAGACGGUUUAGAGGAGAAUAUCUCUUGGAAACCAAUGGGUAAUUUAAUUGCCACCACGCAAAAACAGCCGAAUAAACACGUCGUUGCUCUAUUUGAGAAAAAUGGUUUAAAACACAGAGAAUUCGCUUUACCCUCCAACCUGAAGUUAAAGGUGAAAGAUCUACUCUGGUCAGACGAUUCAGAAAUAUUGGCAAUUUGGUGUAAAAAUUUAGAAACAGAAGAAACAAUUGUACAAUUAUGGACAGAGGGAAAUUAUCAUUGGUACUUAAAGCAAUCGCUUAAGUUUAACAAAGACACUCCGGUACUUUAUGUAAAAUGGAGUAGCGCUUCAAAAUCCGGCAAUAAAUUGAUAGUUUUAACAGAAAUGAAUUUAAUAUCGUACACAUUUCAUUGGACAGUGAAUUACAGUCGUGGUCAGGAUUCAACUGAUAAGGCAAUUGUCGCUGUAAUUGAUGGCGAGAAAGUAUUGAUGACAAGUUUCAAAGAUGGAAUUGUUCCACCGCCAAUGUGCCAAGAAAGUUUGGAAAUGAAUGGAAUGAUAAAUUAUAUUCUCUUUGCUCCGCAAGAAGCAACAACAAAAUCAUCAAUCAAUUCAAAUGCAUUAAUUUGCAUUUCAGACAAUUAUCGAAUGUCUAUUUAUGUGGAUUCAAAUGAAUCAUAUCUAAAGUAUAAACUUCUGAAAACUUAUGAUCUUGAAUUGGAAAAUGGUAUUUUGGAUAAAAAUAUACCGAUGAAUCUGCAUCAUUUUUUGUGGUUUGAAGAAGACCGAAUUUUAUGUUCUGUGAAUAAUUCAAUCUGUGUUAUUCGCCUGGAGGAUUUAAACAAUACUGAAUCCAAUAAAUUUUCCGUACAGAAAGUGAAAGAUUUUGAUGGAGCAAUACAACACAUUGUUCCUUCGCCUAAAAAGAAUUCAGCUUACAUUAUUGCCGGUGGCACUGUUUUUCGUUACAUUAAUGACGAAUUUAUUCCAAUUGGUAUAAAUUUACCGGAUGCUUGCAAAAAAGUGGAAAUUAUUGAAAUCGAGAAAAAAGACGUGAUUAUUUCUCUCAGUCUAAGACAGCGUUUAUUUAUCGAUGGAAAAGAAGUUUGUAACAAUGUCACUUCAUUCUACGUUCAUUCUGACUUUUUACUUCUCACAACUCUUCAACACUCCCUGAUAUGUUUUCCUCUAAGUAAAAAGGGCAUCGGACAAAUAGCCGUAAAUGAUUUAACACUCAAACCAUGGGAAAAUGGCAAUAAUGAAAUUUUACAUUCAGAAUUAAGUAUCAGACGAGUUGAAAGAGGAUCGAUUUUAGUCCGUGCAAUUCCAAAAGAAGCGCAAACAAUUUUACAAAUGCCACGUGGAAAUUUAGAGUGUAUACAACCGAGAGCUCUAUCCCUACACAUAAUUGGCACCUACAUUGACAAUCAAAAUUAUAAAUCAGCCUUUGAUCUUAUGCGAAAACAGAGGAUAAAUCUAAAUUUACUCUACGAUCACAAUCCCAAUUUAUUUACAGAAAAUGCAAAGUUAUUUGUUGAUAAUAUCGAUAAUCCAUCAUGGUUGAGUUUAUUUCUCUCUGAAUUGAAAGAAGAAGAUGUAACCCAAACAACAUAUGCAAGUAGUUAUCAAAAUAAAAAAUUGGAAAACAGUUCCGAGGAAAAAGGAGAAAUUGAUUUAAAAUUAAAAUUAAAUAAAAUUUGCGAUAUUCUAAGAAACAUAAUGGAAGAAAGACAAGAUUCAAAUCGUUUUGUUCAACCGAUUUUAAUCAGUUUAGUGAAAAAGCAACAGACGAUUGCUUUUGAGGAUGCAUUGAAAAAAUUGAAAGAAAUAAAGAACAGUGAAUUGGAAACAAAUAAUGCAGAACGUGUUUCUAGUGAAGAAGCAUUGAAAUAUUUAUUAUAUUUAGUUGACGUGAAUGUUUUAUUUGACACUGCUUUAGGAAUGUACGAUUUUGAAUUGACAAUGUUUAUUGCACAAAAAUCGCAGAAAGAUCCAAAGGAAUAUAUUCCUUUUUUAAAUCAUUUGAAGAAUCUCGAGGAGAAUUAUAUGAAAUUCAAUAUUGAUAAACAUCUUAAACGUUAUACGAAAGCUUUAGAGCAUAUUGUGAAAUUAAAUGAGAAAUUUGACGAAUGUUUUGAAUUUAUUAAGAAACAUGAUUUAUACAUGAAAGCACUUAAUUUAUUUAAUUCCCGAAGCAAUGAAUACAGAGAAAUUGCUAAAGCUUACGGUGAAUUUUUUUUGAGUAAAGCAAAAUAUCGAGAGGCUGCAGUUAUGUUCCAUAAAGCCGAGUGCCUUAAGGAAGCUUUAAAUGCUCAUAAAUUAGCCGGAAACUAUCAGGAAAUUAUCAUUACAGUCGUUAAAAUGAAUUUAAGUGUACCGGAAGCUUAUGAAAUUUAUGAAGAUUUGGUGAAUCAAUUGAGAGAAAAUAAGAAGUAUAAAGAAGCUGCAGAAGUAUUAAUGCAACAUUUGAAUAAAUCAGAAGAUGCUGUUGCUGUUUUGUGUGAGGGGAAAGUGUGGCGGGAUGCUUGGAAAGAAACGUAUUGUAUGAAACGUAUGGAUCUAAUUGAGACGCAUGUAAAACCUGGAGUUCAUGAGCAUGCGAAAGAUUUAAUUGCAUAUAUUGAAAGAACCAAGGAAGAAUUCUGCAAAUAUAGAACGCGUUUAGCAUUUAUUAGAACGGACGAAUAUAAAAAACAGAUGCAAAUGAAAAAUGAGAUUCGCUUCGAUAAUGAGCCGGACGCUGCUCAAGGAUUUAGUGAUUUGAUAAGUGAAACUUCAAGCAUUGCAGGUUCAACAGUAACAAAAACAUCUCAAUCUUCUCGUUCCUCUGGGCGAACCUACAAAUCUAGUAAAAAUCGUAGAAAACAUGAGCGUAAGCUUUUGAAUUUGAAGGAAGGAAGUGUUUUUGAAGAUUUGGCACUACUUCGAACUUUACAUGAAAUUAUCGUCAGAAUUUACGCACAAAAAGGCGAAGUCUCUUUAGUUGCAGAAAUGCUUUUAAAUUUCAACAAUGAAAAACUAGGUGAGGAAUUGAACAAUGCUUAUUGUUUAUUUAUAAAUUUGAUUGAGCGUUCAAAAUACGAAAUUUGGAAUAAAAAGGAUAUCGAUGAAAGACUUUCAAUGGCAAGUGAUAAUAUCGAAAAUUUACAAAAUCCAAUGCCAAAAAAUUUAAUUGAGCCGAAAAUAUUUUAUCCACCUGAAAUUAAAUCAAGUUCAUUGGGACUUGAUAUGUUUGCAUCGAAGAAAAUUGAGACGACUUAACUUUUUUUUAUAAUAAUAAUAAAAGUAAGUGACAUUUAUUUUUAAAAGAAUAAAUUUAUUCUUAUAAUAGUUUUUAAAAAAUAAAAUAAUUCUAUUUUUUAGAAUUAUAACAAAUUCUAUUAGUGGAAUUUCAGUAUAUUCGAAUUUUCUUAUUCUUGGCUCAAGUCCUAUCAUAUGAUCCUUUGUUCGAAUUUUGACUGUAUUUUGAUUCGGGGAUAUUCUAUUUAUAUUCUUAAGGGAAAAAUAUUUACAAAAUUUUAAUUAUAUGAAAAUUAAAGUAAGUGAAUGGUUUAAUUAAACGAGAAUAAUUUUGAUAGAUGAUGAAUUUAUUUACAAAAUGGCAGACGAAAUAGUUUUCAUACCUAGAAUAUUAUAAAGGUCAGUCGGUCGAUAGUAUUACGAAAAAUUGACUAUGAAUAAAAUCAAAGAAACGCUUUACAUGUAGUUAUCCUCUCGUUAUUAAUAUUUUCUCUUUUUUUCCUUAGCAUAAGAUUUUUUUUUAAUUUUUUUUUUUUUUUGCUAUGCCUUUUCUAAUUUUACAUUUUGUCAUUUUCAAUUCAUCUGUAAUUUUUAAAGCGUACAACGCAUGGCAUAGCUUCAUUUAAAUUUAUUCAAGGUGCAAUAUAUAUAUUUGCCACAUUCUUAAAAUCUAUUUAUUAUUUUUUUUUUUUGACAAUAUACAAUAUAUAUCUAUAUAAAAAUAAAAUAAACAAAAAUUGCGUGCUGUGGCUAGUGAGAGUUAACUAUCGACAGUGAAAGUUUAUUUUCUUUCAAAUAGUGCCAAAUUCAUUAAAAAAAAAUAAGAUAGAAUAGUUUUGUCGAAAUUUAAAACUCGGUAAUCCAUCGAUAGAUCAGUCUCUAGCCUCAUAUCACCGACGUUAGCAAACUAAAGUCAUUAUUUCUAAUAUUUAGAUAAUUAAAAAUACGAAAAAAAACUGUGUCUCACGUCAAAACGCCAGAUACUCUAAUUAAUGACUAUCGAAUUACUUUUUUCUUUUUCUUUCUCAAACACACAUAUUUGCUUUUCAUAAGCACGUUAUAUUAUUUAAAAAAAGCAAUCAAGCUAUCUUCGCUUAAGAAGAAACUUAACAGAAACACUUUCCAUUAGAACAGAAAUUCAUAGAUUUUCUUUCAUUAACAUUUUUUUUGCAAAAAGUGUAUGAAAAAUAGGGUUGAGAAUAGCUAUUUAAAAAAUAAUUUUAAAAUCGUCGAUGUAUUAAGGCUGGAAAAAAUUUAUAUAAUUAAAAGUAAACAGCUUCGCAGUUUUUUUUUUCUAAAUGUCAAAUUACCGAAAAAUUCUAUUGUAAGUAGGAAUCUAAAUACACCGUUUCUCUAUCUAACAAACUACAAUUAGGGGAAA